AUGUCGUCAACCACCGGCAGCGUGCUCUCGCUGCCCUUUCGCAAGUCGACGCCGCUCUCGUUGGCGUCGACGAUUCGCGAGUACGUCAGCUCAAAGUACGACCAGCACCCCGACAUGUUCAAGCAGGACCUCGAGGCCGUCGACACGCUGCGCUGCGACGCCGUCAACGUCAGGGAACCCCACGUGAGCGGCAUAUCGAAGCUCCAGGCCUACGCGGCCCAGCUGGUGUGGAUGGGAGGCAAGUUUCCCAUCGACUUCACCUGGUAUCCCGCCCUCGGCUACAACACGGAGCGGCCCAUGGUGCGCAACAACCUCAAGUACGAGCUCAUGAACGUCCUCUACAACCUCGCCGCCCUCUACUCCCAGGUGGCCGUCAACAACCCUCGAUUGACCCCCGACAACCUCAAGGUGGCGGCCCACAACUUCAACCUCGCCGCCGGCGUCCUCACCCACGUGCAAAAGGAGGUGCUGCCCGACCUGCGGAUGCCCGACCCGCCCGAGGACAUGGACGAGAGCACGCUCGAGGCCUUGAUACACCUGUUCCUCGCGCAGAGCCAGGAAGCCACGUGGCAGAGCGGCGUGCUGCGCGACCUCAAGGAUCUCAGCAUCGCCAAGCUCGCCGCCCGCGUCUCGGACCUCUACAACGCCGCCGCCGAGGCCGCCGUCAAGAGCGAGGCCAUCAGCAGCGCCUGGAUACACCACAUGACGGCCAAGCACCACCACUUCGCCGGCGCCGCGCAGUUUCGCGCCGCCCGGGACUGCCUCGAGAAGCGCCGGUACGGUGAGGAGGUGGCGCGGCUCAAGGACGCCGUCGCGUGCCUGUCCGAGGGCGUCAGGGAGACCAAGGGUGGCUACCUCAGCAGGCUGGUCGUCAACGACCUGAGCUCGCUCAAGAAGAUGGCCGAGGACGAGCUGAAGCGGUCGGAAAAGGACAACGACAUGAUCUUCCUCGAUCCCGUGCCGCCCAAGUCGGAGCUCAAGGUCCUCGACCGCUUCAACAUGGCCGAGCCCAAGGUCCCCCCGGCCGUCGCGAGGCCCCUCGAGCAUCUGGGCGACAAGGCCAAGUUCGGGCCCGCGCUGUUCUCCCGACUCGUCCCCUUUUCCGUCCACGUCGCCCUCUCCAUCUACGAGGAACGGAGGGAUCGCAUGGUGAACCAGAACAUCAUCCUCGAGCUCGAGCAGCUCACCGAAAAGGUCCACCUGCUGCUCUCGUCCGUCGGCCUGCCCGGAUCGCUGCAGGCGAUGGAGAAGCCGCUCGGGCUCCCUCCCAGCCUCGUCCAGCACGCCGAGGAGCUGCGCCAGGCCGACGCCAUCGGCCGCGUGCAGAGGAGCCUCGCCGACAUUGACAAGCUUCGCCAGGCCGACUUGGCCGUCUUCGAGGAGGGAAAGUCGGCCUUGGCCGCCGAGCGGGACGAGGACGACCGGCUGCGGGCGAGGCACGGGACCGAACGAUGGACGCGGCCCGACGGCCGAAACGACGCCCAGGGCGCCAAGCUCUGGGGGCACGCCGGCGAGAUCGAGGGCUACUUUGACAGCAGCCUCAGCAGCGACGGCAUCGUCAAGGAAAAGUUUGCCGCAACCCAGCAUCUCCUGCACGUCCUCUGCGGUCCGGACCGGGCGCUGCUGGCCUUUGUCCCGGCCAGCGCGCAACGGGAGACGAGCGAGGAGCUCAAGUCGUCCAUUGGCAAGCUGCGCAGCGCAUACAACGACGUCCUGCGGCUCGAGAGCCGGAGACGGAAAAAGGUGGAGUGGCUCCGGCAGAAUGCCGUCCGCGACGACAUCAAACCCGACAUCCUCAAGGAGGCGGCCCGGCUCGAGAGGGCCUACCCGUCGACGGCCAUCGUGCCCGCCCACUUUGAGGACUUUUUCGAGAAGCGGCUCGAUGUGCUGUACGAGCCGGAGCUGCAGUUCGUCGACAGGGAGGCGCAGGAGCAGGAAAAGGUGAUUGGGCUCGUCGAACGGGCCAACCGCGAGUUUGAGGCCCAGAAGCGCAAGGUCGGCGACAGGGGCCUGCAGGAGCGAGAGCAGGCGCUUCAGAAGCUCGACAGCGCCUACUUCAAGUACAAGGAGAUUGUGAACAAUCUCGAGGUCGGGAGGAAGUUUUACAACGACCUGAACAAGAUUGUCGGCCAGGGAUUCCGGGACGUGGCCAAGGGAUGGCUGUCGCAGCGGAGGAUGGAGGCGCGCGCACUCGAAGAGCAAGUUGCACCGUCGGCCGCUCGGCCACUCGUCCACGCAUCUCGUCGCAUACAUGCUAACCGGCGUAGGGAACUGAGCAUGCCGCCGCUGUCCAAUCUCGAUCUGUCGCACAACCACGGCGGCCAGAGCCCCUUGAUGGCAACGUACGCGCCCAAUCAGCAGGCGAACUUGGUGAGCGACCCGACGCAGCAGCAGCCGCAGCAGCAGCAGCAGUUUGCGAGAGGCCCGCUGCCACAGCCCGGUACGGCGUCAGCGGCGAUAAGCCCGGCGGAAGAGUCGAUUCAGUCCUGGGCGACGGCGGGUCAUCAGGUGCAGCAGACGCAAGCCGCGGUGUCGCAGCCGGCAAAUCCGACGGGAGGCAUGUGGAGUCCAGCCAUGGGAAUCAAGUUUGGCGGCGAGGGUCCCCGUCAGGGCACCGCCGGCGGAUCUGGGACGUGGAAUCCAGAUGGAGGCAUCAAGUUUGGCCAGCCGCAUCAAGUGUUGACCGAGGCGUGGCGGCCGUGGUUGACCAUCAAGACAGGUGUAUUGACCUUCAAGACAGGUUUUGUGCUGUCCAACCCACCGGCCACGUUGACGUCCAAGGUGGAGGCGGCGAUGUUGGCAUCAAAGUGCCCCCACGUUUAUUCCAUCGCUCAUGGCGUCCAUGGGCCGGGCAACGUCGGAUCGGUCGUCUACCGCGUUCCGUCAAGAGGACAUCUGUGCCGGGAAAAGAGCGAGGGCGUCGGCAACGUUGAGCGUCCGAAGCGACGUACCGGCAGUAUCAGAAAGCAACCGUCGAUGGCGCACAGAGCUCACCAAUGA